GAGUUUUUUUAUUUGCAUUUCCAAUUCAUUGAUCUCUGCUCUCCCUAGUUUCUUAAUAUAUGCACUCAGGGAUAUGAAUUUUCCUCUGAUUACUGCUUUGGCUGCAUCCCAAAAGGUUUGAAAGGAUGUCUCGCCGUUGUCAUUUUCCUCGAUGAAAUUAUUAAUUGUUUCUGUGAUUUCUUCUCUAACUAAAUGAUUUUGGAGUAUCAUAUUAUUUAAUUUCCAAUUAAUUUUUGAUUUCGUUUUCCACGUACUGUUUCUGAUCAUUAUUUUUAUUGCCUUGUGCUCUGAAAAGGCUGCGUUUAUUAUUUCUGCUUUUCUGCAUUUGUAUGCCAUGUUUCUGUGACCUAGUGUAUGAUCAAUCUUUGUGAAUGUGCCAUGUGGUGCUGAGAAGAACGUGUAUUCCUUUUUGUCCCUAUUUAUUUUUCUCCAUAUGUCUAUUAACUCUAAUUUUUCUAAGAUUUCAUUCACUUCUUUUACCUCUUUCUUAUUUAUUUUUUGAUUUGAUUUAUCUAAAUUUGAUAAUGGUUGGUUCAAAUCUCCCACUAAUAUUGUUUUACUGUCUAUUUCUUCCUUCAAUUCUCCUAGUUUCUCCAUUAGAAAAUUGGGUGCUAUAUUAUUUGGUGCAUACAUGUUGAUUAGUGAUAUUUCCUCAUUAUCUAAAGUCCCUUUUAAGAAAAUAUAAUUACCUUCCCUAUCCCUUUUACUCUGGUCUAUUUUUGCUUUGGCUUUAUCAGAUAUCAUGAUUGCAACUCCUGCCUUCUUUCUAUCAGUUGAGGCCCAGAAGGUCUUACUCCAUCCUUUAAUUCUGACCUUGUGGGUGUCUACCCGCCUCAUAUGUGUUUCUUGAAGACAACAUAUGGUAGGGUUUUGGAUUCUAACCCAUUCUGCGAUUCGUCUACGUUUUAUGGGUGAGUUCAUCCCAUUCACGUUCAAAGUUAUGAUUGUCACUUGUGGACUCCUUGGCCUUUUGAUAUCCUUCCUUAAUUCUAACCUUUCUUCUUUAGCUCUAACCUUUUAAUCCAGUGAUUUACUUUAAAUCAAUCCCCCUUGUCCCCUCCUUGAUAUGCUUCCCUUUCUAGCCCCUCCCUUUUUGUUCCCUACCCCUACCCCCUCUCCUUCCCUCCCUUUUUGUGUGCACUCCCCCCUCCCCCCCUUGGUUUUCCCUUCUCCCUACCCUUUUUGGGUAAGAUAGAAUUCAAGAUCCCAAUGGAUCUGGAUGUUCUUCCCUCUGAGUUGAUUUCCCUGAGAGUAAGGUUUAAGUAAAGACUCUCUUCCUUGCCUUCUUAUAGGAGUUUUCUUCCCUUCCCCUUCCCGUGUGAAUCUUUGUGUGAGAAAGAUUAUUCUAUUUGUUUUUUCUUUACCCCCUAUUUACACAUUACAUUUUCCAUAUAUUAAUAUAUAUAGAUUGAUAUAAGUGUAGUCCUUAUAGAAGAGAGUUUGAAUCAAUGAAAAGAUAACAAUUUUCUCCUUUUCCCUUUCCAUUAUAUUUACCUUUUCAGGUAUUCCAUGCUCUUUGUUUUUUCGAUAUCGAACUUUCCACAGAGCUCUGGUCUUUUCUUUGCAAAAACUUGGAAAUCUUCUAUUUUGUUGAAUACCCAUACUUUCCCUUGGAAGUAUAAUCAGUUUUGCUAGAUAGCUGAUUCUUGGUUGAAGACCCAACUCUCUUGCCUUUCUGAAAAUCAUGUUCCAUGCAUUACAAUCAUUCAGAGUAGAACUUGCAAGGUCUUGUGUGACCCUGAUUGGCAUUCCUUUAUAUCUAAAUUGUCUUUUUCUGGCUUCUUGUAAGAUUUUUUCUUUUGCUUGAAAGCUUUGGAAUUUGGCAAUUACAUUCCUGGGAGUUGUCUUUUGGGGAUUUAGUGUAGAGGGUGUUCUGUGAGCUCUUUCAAUGUCUAUAUUGCCCCCUUGUUCUAGAAUCUCUGGGCAAUUUUCUUUGAUUAUAUCUUGUAUUACAGUGUCGAGUUUGCUGUUUCUUUCUGUCUUUUCUGGUAGUCCAAUUAUUCUUAAAUUAUCUCUUCUUCCUCUAUUUUCCAAGUCUGUCACCUUGUUAGUGAGAUAUUUUAUGUUCUCUUCUAAUUUCUUGAUCUUUUGGUUUUGCUUUAUUGAUUCUUGCUCUUUUUCAAGGUCAUUGUCUUCCAGUUGCCUAAUUCUGACCUUUAAAGCCUGGUUUUCCUUUUCAGUUUGGUCAAACCGGUUUUGUAGUUGCGUGAAAUUCUUUUGCAUUAUUUCCCACUUUCCCUGCCAGAAGGCUUCCAUUUUUUUGAUCAUUUUCGAUUGAAAUUCUUCAAGGGUUUGUGGAUAGUUUCUAUUUCCUUUGGAAGGUUUCGGAGCAUUUGCUUGUGUUUCCUCUUCUAUCUCCUCUGUAUUUUGUAUUUUUGCUCCAUAAAAUGAGUACAAAGUUGACCCCUUCUUCUUGUUUUUCUUGUUGUUUUUAGGCUUUUGUGCUUCUGUGCUGUUUGCCAUCUGUAUCUGAGUGAGGGGGGCUGGCUCUUCUUUUAUCUGUCUGGUGUUCAGAGACUUUAGCCCCAGGCAAAUUGUCUGUUCUCCUUAGCUGUUCUGUCUUCCCUGGGAAGCCAGGAAUUGCUGGUGUUUCAGUGUUACUGCCCUCCUCAGUUCCCUCCCGAUGCUUCUCUGUUGCCUUACUUCUACACUCUGAGCCUGGCUUGGCACUCUCCGCGAGGCAUUUUAAUGCCUUUGAUGGCCAGAAGACCCUGCACUCUGAGGGGGAGGGGCUGUGGCUUCCGGGAGCUCCGAGGUUUCCUGAUAGGAUUAACUUCAGCUGGGUUGGAUUGAGUAUGCCCUGACACAGGGACCUUCCGUGAGACUCAGAUGGAAGGACCCAGCCAGGGGGCUACAGGCUCCCUCCCGUCUUUCUCUAUUUCCUUGCUGUCUGUGUUGGGUUCCCCCGCUACUGGGUCAGGUUGUUUUCAGGAUGCAUCUUUCAGAAUAGCUGGCCCUGAGGUCCUUUUGCCCACCCUGAGGUUCCCACUGCUGCCUCGGACUCAGAGGUCUGGGUUGGGGGGAUGGGUCCUGGCACCUUCCUUCUGCCUACCCCUUAGAUCCGAGCGAUCUAGGGUUCUGGCUUUUGGGGGGGCCAUACCUUUUGAUCCAGGUCCAGGAGGAGGGUUCCUGGGGUCUAUUCUGUUGUUUGUUUUGAAUUUCGGUGCCCUAGUAGCAUACAGUUUGAGAUCGGUAAGGAAGGGUUUUUGGAUCUCUGAACUUUAGCUCCUUCUAAGCCGCCAUCUUGACCGGAAGUCCUUACUCACUUAAUAUUAAGACCCAUAGAGUAAGGAUCCUAGCACAUUGGAAUCUUCUUCAGAUAGUAUAUGGGAGGAUGCAGACAAGAAUUACACAGGAUGAAGUAUGGAUGAAUGUCAGCCUGCACCAUUAAAGCUCCUACAGACAGUAACAUUUUUCCACUAUUGCAACAAUUAGAUCAUAAAGAGAGGGGGGGAAAAAAAGGCAAAGGGUUCAGAUAAGUCCCCUAAGUACUAUUAAGUAUAUAUUUGCUACCCCCACCAAGUUAUAUAUUUUGGUACCUGAAUCUUUCUCAUAUUUAAAUCUCUUUGUAUAUCUUAAGUCAUUUUUACCAUUAACUUCAUUACUCAUGUUCUGUUCUCUCACAAAAAUUUACAACUUCUUUGGACUGGGUUUUUCAGAGGACUUAGCUAUGUGUUGGGUGGAUUUAUAUUUCUUCUUUAUUUUAAAAUAGCUUAAACAGACUUCUCCAACAGAAAUCAUCUACACUGAAGCUUAAUGGAUAAGUCCAGAAAGAGUUAUAGUAGGGAUGGCUAGGUAGCACAGGGAAUAGAGUACCAGGUCUGGAGUUAGAAGGAUCUAGGUUCAAAUCUAGCCUCAGAAACUUCUUAGCUGUGUGACCCUGGGCAAGUCAUUUAACCCUAAUUCCAUAGCCCGUGCUGCUCCUCUGCCUUAGAACUAAUAUUAAGAAAAAAGAUAUGCUUUUUUAAAGUACAGCAAGUCAUCUACCCAUUCUCCUGGGGUGGGGGGUUGUAGUUGGGGGUCUUCACAGGCUUGGGGUAGACACUCUCCUAAUUCAACAAUAGGGUUGAAAUCUGUUGGUUACCCUCAGCCUGAUUCAACCUAUCUGCAGACAGUUUACUGGGCUACAACCACAGUGUAUGCUACACUUUCUUGGGGCCACAGUUGAGAUUUUGUUGAUAGGUAGAUAUCAAAGGUUGGAUGAAUAGUAGCCCCAAAAAGAGUUUGGCAAGCCCUCAUACCAGAGGUGAUAGUCUCCCUGAAUAACUCAAGACACUUCCGUCAGGAAGGAUAAGCAAACAGAAAAAGAAUCCCACCAUAAUGAGGUCUAGUAAAGAAUAACUCAAAAUAAGCAAUGCCUCAAACUCAGCUUGGACACAAACUCAAUUAGAAUUCUUGAAAGAGAUGGUAUAUGAGUUAUCUAAUUUUUUUAAGAGCCAAAAAAAAUUUUUUAUAACAAAAUAACACCUGAGGAAAAAAAUAGGAAAAUAAGUCAGACUAUGGAAGAAAGAAUUGGAAAAGAAAUUAACAACUUGGCAAAAGAGAUAUGAAAACUUGGCCAGGCAACAAGCUCUGUUUUCAAAUAACUUUAUAUAAAACUAUACCUUUCUAAGCUGGAAUAUAAAGUUGUCAUUCAGACAUUUUUUUUGGUCAUGUCUCAUUCGUCCUAACCCCUUUUGGGGUUUUCUUAGCAAAGAUACUGUAGUAGUUUGCAUUUCCUUCUUCAAACCAUUUUUCAGAUAAGUAAAUUGAGGCUAAAAAAGUUUUAAGUGAUUUUCCCAAGGCCAACACAGUAUCUGAUGGGUUUGAACUCGGGUCCUUCUUAUUCCAUGACUGGCAUUCCAUCCACUGUGACCUCUAGCUGCCCCAAAAAACAAACAGUAGAUUAUGAAACCUACAUUUUAAAAAUAAACUUUUACUUAUUGGUCUUGAUAAUUCUUGAUUAUUUAUUAUUUUUCUCAUACUCCUCAAAGCACACUGAAGAGUAUUAGUACAUUUGUUGCUGCCAAAGCGUAUAGUGGAAACUGCAAUAAAAAGGAUGGAUGAUAAUAGACUAUACUAGAGUAUUUGGAUUUAUGUUAUAGAUGAUCAUAAUUGUUUAUUAAAUACAAGCAAACUUUUAAAAGUAGUUUCUAUAAAAUAACUCCAGUUUUUAAUGGCUUUUAUCCUUUAGCAUCUUGCCUGCUUAUUUAAACAAAGAUAAAUCUGUUUUGACAUGUAAUAAAUGGUAGGACUUAAACUACUUUAAAGUUAAUUUGAACUCAGUUUAGUCAACAAGCAUUUUAGUUCCUACUUUUGCCAGACAAUAUAUAGAUAUAGAUAUAUAGAUAUAGAUAUAUGUAGACAAAAGCAAAAUAGUCUCAAUCCUCAAAGAGCUUAUGUAUAUCUUUUUAUAUUUCCUUGAUUCAGUAAAUCCUACUCAACCUGCCUGUGGCACCACUUGCCCCCACCAUCAGUCAAUCAAUAAACAUUAAGGGCCAAAUAUGUGCCAGGCAAUAUGCUAGGUGCUGGAGAUACAAAAUGAGGUAAAAGAUAGGCCCUGACUCUAAAGAGCUCACAGUCUAAGCAGGAGAGACAACAUUUAAACAAAUAUACACAAAAUACAGGAGAAUUAGGAAAUAAUUUUUUUUAAAGGAAUUAGAGGGAUUAGGAAAAGUGUCCUUUAGAAGUUGGAAUUUUAGUUGGGACUUAACAGGAAACCUGUCAGGUCGUUAGUAGGAGUAAAGGAGAGAGAGCAUUCCAGGCAUGAAUAGCCAGAGAGAAUGCCCAGAGUUGAGAGAUUAAGUGUCUUGUUCAUGGAAUAGCCAGGAGGUCAGUGCCACUGGAUUGAAGAGUGCAUAUUGGGGAAGAGGAGGCUAGGUUAUGAUGGUCAUAUUAACUAUUUUGAAUUCCUAUAUUGUCGAAGUCUUUGAAUGCCAAACAGCAUUUUGUGCUUGCUCCUUUUACCCUUCUCCAUUCACUUGAUUGCUAAAUCUCAUCAUUUCUGUUUUUGCGAUAUAUGUUUAAAUGUUUGUGAUAAGUGCCUUUUUCUCCUCUGACACUGCUACCACACAUGGGCUAUUAUUACCUUCUAGUUGGCCUCCCUAUUUCAAGUAUCUCUGAAAUCUAGUUGAUCCUCCAGCCAUUUGCCAAGAUGAUCUUCCUAAAGCAUUGGUCCAACAAUGUCAUUUCUCUACUUGCUAAAAUCAAGUGGUUCCCAAUUAUCCUAGGAUCAAAUAUAAAAUCUACCUUCCUCCCCUCAAUAGAUUCUAUGAUUCAGAAACACUGACCCUCUUGCUAUAUCUUGCACAUGAUACUCCAUGCCUUUUUACCCUUUUUAUCCUCUAAGCCUGGAAUUCUCUCCCUCUUGUCUCCACUUUGUUUCCUGGCAUUACUCAAGAGUCAGCUCAAAUCUUACCUACUGCAUGAGGCCUUUCCCAAUAUGCAACACCCACCCCUCCCCUGAAAAUAACCUCCAAUUUACUCACUAUGUAUUUUGUAAGUACAUAAUUAUUCAGGUAUUGUUUUCCUGAUUAAAAUGGAACUUAUUUGAGGGUAAGGACUGCCUUUUCCCUGUCUUUGUAUUUCCAUCUCAUAGUCCAUAUAACACAUAGCAAGUGCUUAAUAAUGCUUGUUAACUUGAUAUAUAGAUAUAGAUGUAUAUAUAUGUGUGUGUGCAUAUACAUAUAUAGACAUAUAUACAUACAUACACAUACAUAUAUAUACAUAUAUACACUUCCUUAAUAAGAAAGUGAGAUAUUUGAGGGAAGGAGCUAUUUGUCUUUUGUCUUUGUGAUCCAAGCACCUAGCAGGUAGUCUGUCACACUGUCACACACUAUAGAAGUUGACAAAGUCCUCCCUGCUUCCAUUUCUAUAAAUAUUAAGGAAGGAUUUUAAAAUUAUCAUAAAUUGGAAGGCUUUAAGCUAAUCUGAAAGAGAAACUACUAUCAAUCAAUGAAUGUUUCAUUUUGAAGCAAUGUUCUGCUUUCUUCUCUCCAGAUGAGGGGCCUCCUUGGAGGCUAGUGCCUUCAGAAAGGUCAAGGGAAAGGGGAGUCAGCCUUAUCACUCACCACAUGGUCAUCUCAGGGAAGCUGUCUGAGGUCCCACACUUGAGCUCCAAGCCAAGUUCCACCGUCAAAGACUGCAAAAGUCCCUCUCACAGGAAGUGCUGUGAAAUAUAAAGGCAGUUCUUUACAUCACUUCCUGUGUCUCAUAUGUACGAAUGGUGGCUUAACCUUAGCUAGCCCAGGUGGUCAGUCAGUUGUGGUCUAAUUUGUCACUUGCUAGCACAUGCAGGUCAUAGACCUUCCUCCCCCACACUUAAUCUUUAAGUGGGGGUAAAUAUAUUCCUAGUUGCUAGAAUUCUAAAGACUAAGCUGGGUGGUGUAAAUCUAAAAUUCACAACACACACAUACACAUACACAAAACUAAUAAUGUGAAGAAUUUAUUGAACCUUGGGAAAAUUAUAAAUUGAUGCAAAGAGAAUUAAUUAGAAUCAGGAGAGCAAUACAGAGAAAUAUAAUAUAAUACAAUAUAAAUAGAAAAAAAAAUUAAAACCACUGUGUAAUCAUAAUAAACAAGCUUGGUGCCAAUGGAUGAGAAAAUGAACCUAAUUCCUUUCUUAGCAGGAGUAGGGAUGUGGUGUACAUAUAAUAUCAGAUUCAGUUUCCCCCCUCCCCCAAAGAAUAAAUGCCUUCAGCUCAUUAGGUGAGCCUCUCCUACUAAAGUUCUUAACAAGAGUCACACAGAAUGGACAGACAUGAACAGAUUAGUUUCUAUAUUAGAGGAGAACUCCCCAAAUGAAGCAACUUCAGAUCUAUUUGAUUAGUUGAGUAUUUUGAGAGUUAAAGAGUAAUACUGGCUACUGUGUAACAAUUGUCUAUGGCUUUGUAACUACUAAUUGUCUUCCAUAUCCAGAAUACUUUUUCUCACCACACCUCUUGCCUUCUGAAACCUCAAAUUUCCUUCCAGUCUCACCUCAAGCACAAACAUUGUGUUCAGUGCAGCUAUAGAAUUAAUGUUUGAAGAAUAACUCAUAAAUGUCCACCUCCAGAGAAAGAACUGACAAAUAGGAAAGAAAUAGUUUAUAAGUAUAUAAAUGUAUAUUUUUUUCUUAAGUGAUGCCUUUAUUGUAGGAAAAGGAAGGGAGGGAGGAAGAUACCUGAGGAUUUAAAUGUAACAAACAAAUAAAGAAGAGACCUUUGGUGACUUUGAAGAGAGCAGUUUCCAUUGAUGAAGUCAGAAGCCAAACUGCAAAAGAUUUAGAAGAGAAUGAAAGGAAGUGUUGUAGUCAGUUUAGACAGCUAUCUUGAGGAGUUGAACCACAAAAAGAGAGGAUAGUGAAUAGAAAUAGAUCAAUGCAGGUUUUUUAAGGAUGAGGUAGACAUAAGUGUUUGUGGGAAAAAGAAUGAAGAUUAAUGAAUUCAAUUCAAUAAACCAAUAAACAUGUAUCCAGGACCUCCAUGCAUCAGGAAUACAAAUAAGGAAAAGAUAAGUCCCUUCCCUGAAAGAAUUUACAAUUUAAUGAGGGAAGGCAACACAAAAAAAGGAAUCUGAAAAGUAGGAGCUGGAAAGAGAGUGCCAGUAGAGUGUAUGAUGUUCUGUGGAGUUGAAAUCUGAGCAGAUCUCCUGAGGGAAAGUGGAUAGUUAACCUGGAAAGUUCAGAGCCCUCUAUAAAGGAAGAGGAGUUUAAUGCUCCAUAUUCCAGCCAGAAGAUGACUGAGAGAGAUGAUUAAGGGUGCUGAGUAGAAGAAACUGAGUCAGUCAACAUGAUGAUUAAAUUUCAAGUGAAAUCCUGAAAUAUUCCUACCCUGGAUGUAGGGAUUGGGAAUCCAGAAACCAAGCAGAACUGCCAGUGGAAAAUGUAAAAUGGGAAUGAUAGAAAAGAUAGUCUGUUGGAGAACAUGGGUUGGGAAAGCAUCACUUGUCCAUGUAGAGGGGUUUGUUUUGGAAAAGAGAAGGAGUACCUCUUCUUGUGAAUCAUAUAAAAGAGGAGACAAUAAGGGAAGACUUCUGAAUGAUGUAAGAGGAGGGGAAGGAGGGAAACAUGAAGCAAGAUUCUUAGCUGAGAUGCUGGGGGGAAGGAUGCAUGAGAGGUUUGAAUGGGUGAAUUUUGAAUCAAAGGUUUGCCUUGCCACAAUGAAAAACUAGUUUGAGAUUAGGUAACAAAUUUGUAGUACACCAGUCAACAUGGUUUUGUGAUUUUCUCCAACUUUUUUCAGCAACACAUAAAUAGGAGCAGAUGAUGACAAUAAUCUAGGACUAGGAUAUGUCAGGGCAUGAUUAUUGAUAGAAUAAGGAGCAAACAACUGGAGAAUAUAGGAUUUUGUAGACUUGAACUGGUUCAACAAAGGUUUGAGAUAGGAAAGGGAGGAGAAUGUGGGCAGAGCUCAAGUGAUAGCCUGAAUAAGAAGAGAGGAGUGGAGGAGCUGGAGGUCAUUGUAAGAAGAACUAGGAUAAAAAAGAUUUUUAAGGCAGGAGAGGUAGGAUGACACGAGAUUAUGAUCAAAUAAAGGAAUUUAGAGUUCAUGAUGAUUAGAAUAGAACUCCUGUGGGUGAUACUAAUAUCAAGGAUAGGGCCAUCUUUGGAUAGUUGAAGUAGAGUAGAGCAAUAGGUCAUGUGAAAUUAAUUUAACUCCUCCUGAAUUUUUGUUUUAUAGCCAAGCUAUCCUUCUUUGUGUUCUUCACACAAGAUCCUCCAUUUCACAUAUUUGUGCCUUUGUACUAGCCAUGCACAAUUCCUAGAAUGCACUGUCUCCUUACCUCUGCCUCAUAGAAUCUCUCCAUUUAAAAUGUAAUUUAGGAACCAUCCUUUGCAUAAACUUUUCCUGAUCUCUGCAAUUGCUAAUUGAUCUCUGAAACUCUCUAUUUAAGUCCUUUAUAGAUCUCUGAAUUAAUUUUAUAUUUACAUGUCCUUGUUUCUCCAUUAGAAUGUAAGUAGUUCGUUGGAAGUAAGGAUUGUUUUCUUCUUUGUAUUUGAACCCAACACUUUGCACAGUUCCUGGAAUAUAUAGUAAAUUGCCUUUUGGUUGAAGAUUUGAGGGGGAAAUGAUUGAGGAGAUAAAUCUGCUGAAGAUAGGAGGGUAGAAACUCAAAAGUACAUAUAGAGGUAUAGUGUUUAAUAUUUAAUAUGUUUCUUCAUGAUCUGAGAAGCCAUGAUAAAAUGAAAUCUCAAGAUGCUUUGGAAAAGGAGAAUACCAAAAAUGACAUGGGACAUGCCAAAGAUGAAUUUUGCUUACUUCAAAAUUUUACUGGAUUCUAGUUAGUCAAAAGUUCUACUUAACUAAGAGUCAGUUUGUCUUGCUUCAUGAAUUUUUCCUCCAAAGAUUCUGUCACUACUUGAACCCAAAAGUUUUAGUAGUUCUUUUGAAUGAUAAAAAUGAAUUGAACAGGACUAUCAAUAUUAGGAGUUAGAAUAAGAUAAAUGGUGAUAACAUGUAAGCCAAAAAAAGACAAAACCCAGCAUGAAUUUCCAAAGCCCAUAAAAAUAUUCUAUUAGCAUAAAGAGACUGUGUAAAAACUAAAAUUUAAAUUAUAGAUCUACACCUGGAAGGGACCUUAAAAGCUCCUAGUCCAAUCCCCUCUUUUUGCAACUUUUAAAACUGAAUUUUACAGGAAAAUGCUAUUCAAAGAGGCUAAAUGUCUAGCUGACAAUAAAAAACAUUUUUAAAAUGCUUUAUUCUUUUCAAAGAAAUUAAACAUUUAUCUCAUUUGGCCAAAAAUAGAACUUUUAAAAUAAUUCCUUUUUUUUUUAAACCCUUUCCUUCCAUCUUAGAAUCAAUACCAUGUAUUGGUUCCAAGGCAGAAGAGUGUUAAGGGCUAAGCAGUGGGGGUUAAGUGGCUUGCCUGAAACCAGGUUUGAACCUAAGACCUCCUGUCUCUAGGCUUGAAUAAUUUUUUUUUUUUAUUUCAUAGGCCUUUGUUUUAUAGGUAAAGAGCAAAAUAUUAUUCAAAGGAUUAACCUUUAGUUUUCACGAAGUUUUGAUGAUCAUCAAAUCUCAGAAUUUCAGAGUAUACAUACACCUUUCAUUCCACACUGGAAUAGUUCUAAUUAUAUAGUAGGGCCCCUGUAUCCACUGACUCAGUAUCCUCUGUUGUCUGUCCUUCAUUUUCUAAGAGGACCAGUGACAUCACAGGGAUCAUGAUGUUUUUGACUUAUACAUGAAUUGGAUUUAAGUGAGGCAAAGUUGCACAUAGUCGUUAGCCUCAUUCUUCCAGCAGAAUCAAAAAGUCAGGACAACUGGCGAUGGCCCAGUAGAUGACUUUAGCAUUUUCAACCAACCAAGCUUUAAGAACUCCAUAGCACCUGCUUCUGCCAGAAACAAAAUGUUCUCAUUUCCCCAGCCUAUUCUACCUGGAGAAGUCUUCAUAUGCUUAAAUCCCCUCUACUUACUGAUGGGUCUGUGACCCCUUAUAAAUCAAUCUGAGGUUGGUUAACUUCAACCUGCUGAGAUGGCUUUACCAAGGUAUGGCCGCUGCACAUGCAUGUGUACAUUUAGCUAGUUCUAGGUUCCUGUCUUCUACAAAUUUGCUUUGUCCUCAUUCAAGCCACUGUUGAAAAUGAACUAUUGUACCAUGGAUGUUGUCUCACUAUGGCACUCCUUUAGAAACUUUCUUGUGUUAUAUAUCCAUUAAUCACAGACAUUCUGAUUUCUAGAAACUGUGUAUGGUAUGUCUUACUCUGAAACCUUAUUAGAAAUUUUGCUUGAUAUGAAUAUAUGAAUCAUAAUUCUUUGCUAUGGUCAGUGUCACAUCUAAAGACUUUACAUAUGGUAUUUUCACAGCUUUAGUAUUAAUUUUAAGAAUCUGUGAUAAAUCAUCCUACUUGCUAAAUUGAACAUUUAUAUUGAGGUUGUAACAUUUAUUGACACUUUAUAAGUUGAAAUGUACAAGGCUAAUGUUCAAGAAAAUUAAUUUCUAGCACAGUAAUUUGUCCCCAUUUGGGAAUGUUGGAUUUUGGGGACCUUAUGAUUCAAGUAGUCAAAAUUUCCAUUUAAGCCAUUAACAUAGAGCUUAGAAAGCUUUUCUGUUAUUACACUUUUAAAAAAAGAAAAGCAAGUAUUUAUUAAGACAAUAUCCAAGUGAAGAAUAUGAUCCUAAAAACAAAGUUAGAAAAUAAGCAAUUAGAUAUAAUGAUUCCUAAUAUUAUUUGAUAUCUCCCUCUUAAUAUUAUCAGUUUCUCCAAAAUCCAACUAUGAUUUUUCCCCAGGAUUAUGAAGAACAUUUUAAAUUUCACCAGAACCUUUUGAGUUAAAAGUUCUCUGGGUGGGGUAUCUUGACUCUAGUGAUCUAAGUUUCAAGGCAUAAUGCCAUCAAAAGGCCUUAUUGUUUACUUUUCUUAUUUGCCAGAAGAUUCCCUUCCUUGUAUUUGUAUCCCUAGGACUUAGAUAGUGCCUAGUACAUAAUGUACUUUUAAUAAAUUCUUGUUGGUUGAUUGAUCAUAGUUUCAGUCAAUCUUUUAAACCUGUUCACUGCAUUAGGGCUAAUUAAAAACAACCAUACUGUUUCCUUUGGCUCCUCUGCAACCAGUUUUCCUGACUCUCUUUCAUGCCCUGAAGCCAAAAGGAGAGCAUAUUUAGUUAUGAAUGAUGCCAAUGGCCUGCAUAAACCCCCCCAUUUUUCUUAAAAAGCUGCUUAACUCAUUUCUAGUAUUUUUUCCUUUUAUAUUCUUAAGGUGACUUCACUUCUGUUUCCUUUUGUUGUUUAAAAAAAAUUGGCCACUUAUUAACCAGCUUCUGUUCAAACUACUUUCUUUUGAAGAAAUAAUUUUAUUGCUUCUUUGUGGUCACUAAUUCUGCCAUAUCUACAAUCUAUUGAUUAGUUAUUGGCAGCCAUUUUUUAAAAAUUUACAGUUGAAGGAAGGGAAGCCAUUGGAGCGUGCUUGAAUACUUGCCAAAGCUAGAACUUGCAGAGCCAGGAAGAAAGAACUAGAGGAGGAGCAGCCAAAUGAAGUGACCAUACUUGGACUGAUUGGCAACAGUUACCUCAAUUCAGAUCCAGGACAUACAAGUGAAAAUUGGGGGGAGAGACUAAUAUCUUCUUACAGGACAUAUUCAGAGAAAGAAGGCCCAGAGAAGAAGAAAACAAAAAAGGAGACUGGAAACAAGAAAUCAACACCUGUUAGCAUUCUUUUUGGUUACCCAUUAUCUGAACGCAAGCAGAUGGCCCUUCUAAUGCAGAUGACAGCAAGAGACAACAGUCCAGAUUCCACCCCAAAUCAUCCUUCACAAACAACACCAGCAGCACAAAAGAAAACUCCCAGUUCCUCGUCUCGACAGAAAGAUAAAGUUAAUAAAAGAAAUGAGCGUGGGGAAACACCUUUGCACAUGGCAGCUAUUCGGGGAGAUGUGAAACAAGUCAAAGAGUUAAUAAGUUUAGGGGCAAAUGUGAACGUGAAAGAUUUUGCAGGUUGGACACCACUACAUGAAGCUUGUAAUGUUGGAUACUAUGAUGUUGCUAAAAUCCUCAUAGCAGCAGGAGCAGAUGUUAACACACAAGGAUUAGAUGAUGAUACACCACUCCAUGAUUCAGCUAGCAGUGGACACAGAGAUAUUGUCAAGCUGCUACUUCGACAUGGUGGGAACGCAUUUCAAGCCAACAAACAUGGGGAACGUCCAGUGGAUGUAGCAGAGACAGAGGAAUUAGAACUGCUUCUAAAAAGAGAAGUGCCUCUAUCUGAUGAGGAUGAGAGCUAUACAGAUUCUGAAGAGGCUCCAUCUGUAAAUCCUUCUAGUGUUGAUGAAAAUAUUGAUUCUGAAGCAGAGAAAGACUCACUAGUCAAUGAAAAUAAACAGUUAAUACCUAGUAAAACUUCUCUUCCAUCUGCUCUUGAUGAAUAUGAGUUCAAAGAUGAUGAUGAUGAAGAAAUAAAUAAAAUGAUUGAUGACAGACACAUUCUUAGGAAAGAACUACGAAAAGAAAAUGAGCCUGAAGUAGAAAAGAAUAAUUUAUUUGUGAAACAGGAAAAAGCCUAUCCCAAACCAUUUAAAAGUAAAAAACAGAAACCAUCUAGAGUUCUUUAUUCAAGUUCUGAAAGUUCAGAUGAAGAGAUUCUUCAGGACAAAAAAGUUAUUUCUACUCCAUGUUCUGUCCCUGAAACUUCGACUUCUGAUUUAAGAUCCAAAAAGGAAUAUUUAGUUUCAAAUGAACAUAAACAGAAAGGGAAGGUUAAAAGAAAGUUAAAAAAUCAAAACAAAAAUAAAGAAAAUCAAGAGUUGAAGCAAGAAAAAGAAGGGAAAGAAAAUUCUAGAGUAACAAAUUUGGUAGGUAAUCCUGGAUUAGAUUCUCUAGACAAAACUAGAGAGGAAGAAAAUUUUAGAAAGUCUUUUACCCCAAAAGAUGAUGCUUCAUUACAUUUAUUUCAUAUGACAACUAGCAAAUCUCCUAAAAAUCCCUGUGGACUAAGUGAAAAGCAAUCAACACUACUAAAACAAGAAAAUGCCAAAACGUGCUUAUCCCCAGGUAGUUCUGAAAUGUCUUUACAAUCUGACCUCAUUAGACAUGAAAAUAAUGCAGAUUCAGAAUUCCUCUUAGAAACUUCUAGUGGAAAAUAUUGCAAACAUAAAGAAAAAAGUAAACACCAUCAGAAAGAUUUCCACUUAGAAUUUGGUGAGAAAUCUAUUCCAAAAAUUAAAGAUGAAGAUCAUAGUCUAACUUUUGAUAAUUCAGAAUAUACACUGAAAAAGACAGAUAAAGAAGGCAAGACAUUAAAGAAACAUAAAUUGAAACAUAAAGACAGAGAAAAGGAAAAGUACAAAAAAGAGCCAGAUGUUGAAAAAGAAAAAUACAAAAAUAAAGAUGGUAAUAAAGCAGUUCAGAGAAGUGUUGAAUUUGAUAGAGAAUUUUGGAAAGAGAAUUUUUUUAAAAGUGAUGAAACUGAAGAUAUUUUUUUAAAUGUGGAACAUGAAUUCUUGCCAUCUGAAAAAAAAUCAAAGUUGGAAAAAACCACAAAAGAUGACAAAUCGAGCAAGGAAAAGCACAUACCAAAAGAACGAAGUUUUAGAGAAGAACGAGAAAAGGGGAAAAAAGAAAAUGAGAAGUCCUUUAAGGAAGAAAAAAUCAAAGAUUUAAAAGAAGAGAGGGAGAGUAUACCAAUAGAUAAAGAAACAGAAUUACUUCCUUUGAGUAUAAGUGUUAAAGAAGAAUCAAUGGGAUUGCAUUUAACUGAAAAAGAGACAGAAAUUGACAAACAAGAAAAGAAUAUGAAAGAAAAUAAGGACAGACCUGAGAAACGUCUUCAGAUUAAAGAAAAAGACUUGGAAAGGAGUGACAGAAAAAAUACUGAAAAAGAAAAGAAGAUGAAACUUGAUCAUAAGCCAGAGAAAGACAAAUUAGAUUUGAAUGAAUGCGUAGAAAAAACAAAAGAAAAAGACAGACUAAAUUUACAACAGGCAGAAAAAUAUAAAGAAAGUGAGAAGAUAAAAAAUAUUACUACUGUUAAAAAAGCUGAUGACAGAGAAAAAAGUAGAGAUAAAAUGGAUAAAAAACAUGACAAAGAAAAAACUGAAAAGGAGAGGCAUCUAGGUGAAAGCAAAGAAAAACACUUCAUAGAGAAAAAAGGUAAGCUAUCAGAUAAAGAUAGUGAAUAUAUUAAACUAGAAAAAGGCAAGACAAAAGAAAAAGAAAGGGAGGGUGAGAAAAGAGAAAAAUGUAGAGAUAAAGAAAGUUUAGCUUCUUCUAAGCAUGUACAGGAAGAGAGACGGUCAACUUCCACAGAAGGUAGUAAAACACUGCAUGAAAAACUUUCAUCCCUUAAAGAAAAAGCAAAAGAUGAGCCUUUGAAAACUCCUGAUGGAAAAGAAAAAGAUAAAAAGGAUAAAGACAUAGACAGAUAUAAAGAACGAGAUAAGCACAGAGAUAAAACACAAUUAAAUAAUUUACCCAAACACAAAUCUGAAGUAGAUAAGCCUAAACCUAAACCAUCAAUGAAUCCAAAAGAUACUCGACCAAAAGAAAAGAGGUUAGUGAAUGAUGAUUUAAUGCAAACAAGUUUUGAAAGAAUGCUAAGUCUUAAAGACCUAGAAAUAGAACAGUGGCAUAAAAAACAUAAAGAAAAAAUUAAACAAAAAGAAAAGGAAAGGUUGAAGAAUCGUUCCUGUUUAGAACUUAAUAAAGUAAAAGAUAAAGAAAAAACAAAAAAUAUGCUAGCAGAAUCAAAAAAUAAAGAACUAAUUAGGUCAAAGAGUUCAGAGUUGUCUGAUGUUUACACUAAGGAGAAACAUUUGAAAGAUGCUACAAGUAACAGAUCUCAAUCUGUAGAUAUAAAGAAUAUAACCAAUGUUGGGAAAUCAUCUUCAAUUACAGAUAAUAAUUUAAGCAGAUCUCCUCGAUCAGAAAGUGAGAAAACAGGUCUCAGUUCUAGAUCCGUAUCAAUGAUUUCAGUUGCUAGCUCAGAAGAUUCCUGCCAUACUACAAUGACAACCCCAAGGCCUAUAGUUGAAUAUGAUUCUGACUUUAUAUUGGAAGGUUCUGAUUCCCAAAUGUCCUUUUCACAGUCACCAUUUUUGACAGUUGCCAAAUCUCCUGCCUUUCAUGAAAGGGAGAUGGACAGCCUAGCCGAAUUACCAGAGCGGAUUAAAUUACCAUAUGCAAACAGGCUUCCAGCAUCCCAUCUCAGGUCAUCUUCUGUAGAAGAUGUUAAACUUAUUAUUAAUGAGUGUAGACCUAUUGUAGAAGUUCGAAGAUGUAGCAUUCCACCUAUCAUUUCAGAACAUGCAAAACAAUUUCAAACAACAUCAGAAGAAAACAAUCAAAGUUUAUUAGCUGUGCCAAGUCAUAUUUGCAGUUCCCCUAAACAUGAAGUGUCUUCUUGUAAUGUGCCUGAAAAGGACCUUUCAAAAGUGUCUAAUUUACAUUCCAGUUUUGAUACUUCCCCAGUUGGAUCUUUCAACAGUAAACAUAGUUCAUCAGAUACCAAUGUUAUAAAAAGUACUGUAGGAGAAAACCCUAUGCACGUAGAGCCAUGUAAUCUAAGUAAUAUGGCUCAACAAAAUAAAUCAUGGGAGAUACCUGUUGAAAGACUGGAAUUAUUAAGUACAAAUGAUGUUCAUUGUUCAAGUUAUAAGGUACCUAACCAAGAGCCAGUCAUCCAAGGACUGUGUAAUCCUGACAACAGACUAUUAAAAGAACAGAAUACUUCUGAAUUAUUACCUCAAUACCAAACUGAAAUCCACGGAAAUUCAGGUGCUCAUGAUUCAGCAUCUUUUAUGCCUUCUCAGCCACCUGGCUCUUUCCAUGUCCAGUCAUUCCCAGAUGCUGAAUGUAUUCCUAAACAUAUGUCUUUGUCAUAUAUUAAUAAUCAGGAGUCAACUUUACAACAGAAGACUCAACUCCAACCUAAUCCUAUUUUAGACACGGAUAAUAAUUUUAAAAAAGACUUAGAAAAUACUUUCUUCCCGACCGAUUGUCAAAAGACAGAUGCAUUUGUCACAGUGUAUGCUGAAAGGACCAUUCAGGACACAUCACCAAAUUAUGAAAGGACAAAUGCCUUGCCCAUAGUAUCAUCAGAAAAGGAUUUUCUUGGAAAUGAUGCCUGCUCACAAAUAAAUACACAUGCUUAUUCAUUUAGCAAACUUAUUCACAAAACCUCCCACAAUCACGAAGUUGAUAGCACAGCUGACACUCAGGUUAUUUCACAUGAAAAAGAAAAACUUGAGAGUUUAGUUGUAAUCAAUUUAGCUGAUAAGUCUGAUUUGGAUCUCAGUGAAAUAAAUGCAGGGAUAACAAAAGAAAACCUAAAUGAGCAAGAUGGCUCAAAAAAUAAUAAUGAAAACAGAAGAGGAUUUCUGCCCACAGAAGAUGAGGAAUCACAACAAAGCACUUUAUCAAAUCCAGAAGGUCACUCACAACCAUCCGGACAAGCAGAAAUACAUAAAUGUACUCAGUUAGUUAAAGUAGAGGUAGAAGAAACUGCUGAAGAUGAUAAAACUGAUCUCCAGAUACCUCAAAGGAUAACUAGAAAUAGAGCAAACAUAAUGGCAAGUCAGAGUAAACAAAUCCCUAUUACUUGUGUGCCAUUGACUGAAAAAGAUAAUGAAUCUACAUCUCCUAGAGGAAGAAUAAGGUUAACUGAGGAAGAUGAUGCUCAAGUCCACCAUCCCCGGAAAAGGAAAAUGUCACGUGUGCCACAGCCUGUGCAAGUGAAUCCCUCUUUACUACAAGCAAAAGAGAAAACUCAACAGUCUCUGGCAGCUAUUGUAGAUUCUCUGAAAUUAGAUGAGAUUCAACCAUACAGUUCAGAAAGGGCAAAUCCAUAUUUUGAAUACUUGCAUAUAAGAAAAAAAAUAGAAGAGAAACGCAAGUUACUGUGUAGUGUUAUUCCUCAAGCACCUCAGUAUUAUGAUGAAUAUGUGACAUUUAAUGGAUCAUACCUCCUGGAUGGAAACCCUUUAAGCAAGAUUUGUAUUCCUACUAUUACACCACCUCCAUCCCUGUCAGAUCCACUUAAAGAGCUCUUUCGGCAACAGGAAGUUGUAAGGAUGAAACUGCGUUUGCAGCACAGUAUUGAAAGGGAAAAGCUCAUUGUAUCUAAUGAACAAGAAGUUUUACGUGUUCAUUAUCGAGCUGCAAGAACAUUAGCAAACCAGACACUGCCCUUCAGUGCCUGCACUGUUCUUCUGGAUGCAGAGGUCUACAAUGUGCCUCUGGAUUCUCAGGCUGAUGACAGUAAAACAUCUGUGAGAGAUCGAUUUAAUGCCAGACAGUUCAUGUCUUGGUUACAAGACGUAGAUGAUAAGUUUGACAAGUUAAAGACUUGUCUUUUGAUGAGGCAGCAACAUGAAGCAGCAGCUUUAAAUGCUGUCCAGAGACUGGAGUGGCAGCUUAAGCUCCAGGAACUUGAUCCUGCCACUUACAAAUCUAUCAGCAUUUAUGAAAUUCAGGAGUUCUAUGUUCCUCUUGUUGAUGUUAAUGAUGAUUUUGAAUUAACACCUAUAUGACGACUAUCUUUUCCUGAUUUCAUUUUCUAUGGAGACUGUUUAAAUGCGAUCAUCUAAAAUGCAACUGUUUUAUUACAGCACUUAAUACUGUGGCAUAUGGCCUUUUGCAAUAAUUCAGGUAUUAUUCUUUCAAAAUUCUUUAAUAACAUUUUGUUAAAGUUUAUUAAAUACUAAAUACUGUCAUUUUCUAAUAAGUGGCACAAAUUAUUUAGAUUUUAGAUCAAAAACCAGUUUCCCACUAAAGACUGUUAUUUAUAUUGGUGAAAAUUAACUAUGACAUUAGAAUAUAUUAUCAAACUGUGGAAAAUACUAAAGAAGGUGAGAUACUGAUAAUAACGCUGGAAGUUGUUAUCAAACUAAGUGAGAUAAAUGAAAUACCCAUUGAUAUUUAAAUCUUUCAAAGAUUUUAUUAAAGCUCGUAUCAUUAAACUCGAUAACUUAACUCCCACAGGAUAGCACUAAAUGUGGAAGAAAAAUUGAGAAAUAUAUGUUCAUCUUAUUGUAUUUGUAAAUUAAUUGUACAGUUUUUUGAAAGAUGUAAUAUUGUUUUCAUUUUUAAUAACUUAUUUUAUACAUAUUGUGCAAAUGUAAAUAGAAUUGUAAUUAAUGGUCAAAACUUGUACAAAAAAUGAAUGGUCAAGAUCUGUACAAAGAAAUAGAUAUUUUCAUUGUAGAACUGUUUUGUCUGAAGUUUUAUUGGACCAAAGUUGUAGUUCUUAAUUGUGUGUAUGUAAUGUUUUCUGGUUGGCAAAACUUUGAAUAAGGCAUGUGUUCGUUCAAUUUAGCUUAUUUCAUCACGGUAACUAUAAAGAUUGUGACUUAACUAUAUUGCAUGAUUCAUACAAUUCAGCUCCCUUUGGUAACCAAUACUUUAAACAAUAUAGCACUUGCAGGCCCAUAUUUCAUACUAGUCUUCUGUGGUAGUACCUAUAACUUAAUAUGUUAAAAUGGGUUUGUUUAAAAUUAAACAUAUACAUAAAAAUUUUGCUCUUGUCAUCAUCUCACAAUAGAGCCUAUUUUUUCCAACAAAAUGCCUUUGAAUGAAAAUUCUUAAAUUGUAAAUGUCUAUUUUAAUAUUCACCUCUUGAAGAUUCUGUAAAUAAUGUUUAAUAAAUUUUAUUGGUCAUGUUAAAUCAUUGUAAAACUUUUUUACAUUGCUAAAAUUGUUUUAAGCUUAAUAACCUUUGCACUUUUAAAAUGGAAUUAGACUUUUUGAAUUAAUCAGAAAAUUUGGUAGUUAAAAUAAGUAAAAGAAAUCUAGUAUAUGCUGAUAUGUGUUGCAAUAUUUAUGAAAAUGUUUUUUUUCCUAAUUGACAAGUUGUUAAACAUGUCAUUUGUAAAAUUUUAAAAUCCAAGCAAAAAUUUACUUUUUUUUAAUAAUCAGAAAUGGUGAUAUAUCUGUUUUAAAAAGCACAGAAAUAGUUCUCUCUUUAAAAUAUUUAAUAAGUGAGACUCAGGAAUAUUUUGGAUCUGAAACCAGCCAAGGAACUUAAUUGUUAAUCUAUAACAUUUGAAGGAAGACUCGGAGGAAAAUUAGGUUAGCUCAAAAGCAAUUAUAAGCUUAGGAGAAAAAAUAUUCAACAGCUUUUCCCUAUGCUUUGUUGAUUCUAAAAUAUAAUAGUAAUGUUUUGCCUUCAGGUGAGAAAAAAGAAAAAUCAAAUAGGUGAGAAAUGGCAUGCUAUAAGCUAAAUCAGCUCAUAAAACAAAGUUAAUUCUGUUCCAGAAUAAUAAGAACAUAAUCAAACUUAGGUUCGUCACAGAUGAGCUAGGAAAAAAACUAUUACAAAGGUAUAUAUUAAACUUAGGGCUUUUAUGUAUUAUCAAUUUAUAUUUUAAUUAAUAUACUUGGCACUGCAAUGUAAACAUAGUAGAAAAGGAAUGCAUAAUGCCUAGGCACUUUUAAAUGACAGGUAUAAUUCAGAUUGUAAUUUGGGGCCUUUUGUUGUUACAGAAUCAGAAAUACAGAAAAACAUUAUCAGAAAUACAGAGUAGGUGUUGAAGUAUUAAAUUUGUUAAAUUAUAAAUUCAUUAAUCCCAGAAAUGUUCAAAGAUGUUCCAUAGAAUAUAAAGGUCUUUUAGUUUAGACUAGUGUCAUAUGCAGGAAACCUGUCCUUUAUAUUGCUAACAAAAAGUCAUCCAGCCUCUACUUUUGAACACUAUCAAUUAUGGAAAAGUCAAUGUACCCCUCUUCUGAAGGCAACCCAUUCCAUUCUGGAUCUACCCUAAUUAUUAUAAAUUUCUUCCUUGUAUUAAGUCAAAUCCUGCUUUCCUAACUAUAACUUUCUGCUCUCUAAAUCCACACAGAAGAAGUUUACUCCAUCUUUCACAAGACAGCCUUACAGAUAAUGGAAAUUAGCCAUCACGUUCUCCCUAAAUCUUUUCAGGAUGAGCAUUCCUUUUUAUCUUUCAGCUUUUCUUCUUAUAUGUGUUCAGUUUCCCUUACCAUGUGGUCAUCCCCCAAAAAUACUAUAUUUUGUCUAUUCUUCUCCUAAAAUGCAGCGAUUAGAACUUGAACACAAUACUCCUGAUAUUAUCUGGCCAGACCAGAAUACGUGGAACUAUUAUUGACCUUUUUCUGGAUAAUUUUCUGUCUUCCACAUCAACCAUUGAAUCAUUUGGUUCACUAUUAACUAAAACCCCAAGACAGAUUUCACAUAAACUAGUAUCUUGGGGACUCCUUUUCUAGGUUUAUUCUCCUUCACGCACACAUAUCUAGCCAAACUGGACCUCUUGUUCUUCACCUGCAACAUUCCAUCUUCAUCUUAGAGUCCCUCAUUUCCUUCAAAGUCAGCUCAGAUCACCCCUGCAUUGAAGCUUUUCCUGAUCCUUUCAGCCAUUUUGUGACUCCCACCAAGUUACCGAAUCCUUCUUUAUAUUUUCUUGAAUAUGUUUAUGCAUAUAUAUGUUGUCUCUUCAGAUAGAAUAUAAAUUUCUCAAGGGCAGGAACUCUCAUUUUUGUUUUUGUAUGUCUGACACAUGGUAGGUUUCUAACAGAUGCUUACUUGCUUGAUUAGCCACAACCUCUCAAGUCAGUCAUUGACUCUGUGAAGGACUUCACAUUUAUCCUUAUUCAUUUUCAUCUGAGUCCCUUCCAUCUGUAGACUUAUGCUUCCAUGAUACCUGUAAAUGAGAUAAGCAUGAAAUCUUUUUUAUGUCAUUGAUUAAAACCCUGUGUAAAACAGGACCAAAGAUAGAGUUCUAUGGCACCAACCUGGAGAACUCCAGGUUUCCAAUGAUUGACUAUUUAAUGUUUUUUAGGGAUUUUCCUUCAUUCACUUAACCAUUAUCAUCCAAUCUACAGUUCUCAAAUAAGGCUGUCUACAACAAAAUCAUGAGACAUUUUUUCAGAUGCUUUGCCAAGAUUCAGAUACAUCAUGACUUACAGCAUUCCUCUCAUCCAUUUCAACUCUGUUGAAAAAAUGAGAUCUUAUUUUCAACCUCAUUGAAACAAUGAGAUGUUCUUUUGACAUAAAUUGCUAGUAGUGAAAGGAUAUUGUCUUUCAGUAAAUACUACUUCCCUCUGUGCUCAUGAGGCCAUCUAUUUUUUAAAAAACUUUAAGCAACUUUUUAUAUGAAAGGCAUACAUAACUUAAUACUUUACUUGACCUUUUCCCCAAAAGGGAAGAUGUUGUGAAGCAGUAUAUCAGAGAAUAAAAAUUAAAACUAGCCACUUUAAAAUGGAAACAAAAUGGUACGUGAUAUUAAAUAUCAGGCUUUCAAGUCUGAAAUAGUCAAUUUAAGGAAGGGGAAAACUCAUUACUUGUUCAGACGAGGCUGUGAAAGAUUUUUUUUUUUAGGUGAGUUAACUUUUUCUAUAGCUCUAGACUUCUCAAACUAUAUUAUCUCUAUCACAAUUUUGCUUCCUUACAAGGAGCAGUGUGAUGUAGUGGAUAGUAUGCAGGAAUUUGGGUCAGGAAAAUAUGGUCUCAAAUCCCACUUUCUAACAUUUAUUAUCUUUGUGACUUUAGACAGGCAAAUCUAAAAGACUAGAAGUUAAAAGGAGAGGUUAAGAAACUAUGUUGUUGGAAGGAGCUUUUGUGUCAGGCAAUUAUUUAAAGUUGAGAGGACUCUCAGAACAAACCCACAUCUCUAACAAGUACUUAAGGGCUUCGCACACCAAAAUUGCUCUUAAGCUCCCAAAUACUAAAGACUGGGAGCUAUAAUGCCCCAUAAAGUUUUUAACUAAAAGAAAAUUCAAGAGUUUAUUUUCUACUUACUUUGGGGAAACACUCUGGUUAUAUCUAGAAGUUAUUUUAUAUCAGUUGAAGUUAAUGAAAAAAGGUGUUUAAUUGUGGUUAAAAAGCUGUUUCUUUAAAUAAUGCUCUAAAUUUUGUAUCAUUUUGUUUAUAUUGAAUGAGUUAGGAUUUGUGCAUGUUAUUUAAUAAAGAGUUGUAUUUUUGUAGAAAAAGAAAAAA